AUGACAAGAGUUAAUUAAUCAUUUUCGUCAAUUGUCUUGAAAUACUUUCGCGAGAUUACCAAUAUUAAUGAGAUACAUAACAUUUUUUUAUUGAUUUAAUUAUAUAUAUAAUGGUAAAGUAUUUCGAUAAUAUUUGGGAAAACAUCCUUGUAGUUGCUUUGGGGGUUGCUCCUCUUCUAUAGAAUUUGGUUGGUUUGGCCUGGAAGAGGUAGAAUAAAAGUAAGAACUCAUGCAUUUAAGGAUAGACUACUAAGCUGCCAAGUUAAAAUUUAAGGAAAAGAGAAGUAUUUUCAUUCUGAAUUUAUGUUCAAUUUACACAAAAAUAGCAAUCUUGAGUAUGUUUACACUUUUGUCAAUAUUGCAAAUAGUCAUCAACACUUAAUUUCAUUCAGAGUAUGUAGUGUGUUGUUAACUAGUUACGUUUUGAUUAUAAUUAUAGAAUUUUGUUAGAUAAUUAAUUACUUGUUGGCAGGAUUGCAAGUAUUUGAAGAUGCAGAUAUAUACGGAUAAACAACAUUUGUUACUCAAUUAAAUCUCAUAUUGCAAUUUUUGUGUUUUUGUGGUUUUGCAAUAAUCCUCUUUACUUGGCAGAUAAAUAACAAAGAUAGAUUUGUGAUCAUGCAUGAAGACACUAGUUGUUGGCUAAUGUUCAUCCUCAGAGGAAUAGUCCUCAUGCUCUUUUCAGUCUUCGUCUUCUUUAUGCCAUAGGAUAAAAAGUUGCUCCAAACUAUAGUCUCUGAGUACAAAUACAAAAAAUAACUGCUUGGUAAUGAUGAAGAGACAUAGAUAAGGUAAUAGCUAUUGACAAAUGAAUCCACAUUUACAUUUUGUUAGCCAGACAUCGAAAAGCAAUCACAAGUAACCGAUAUUGAAGUGAAAUCCUUCCAAGACAAUAAAGAUCUUAAUAGUUAACGAAAAUACAUCAUUUAUGAGAUUACCUUCAAAUAUCAGAACAAACACAAAAUAGUAUUUCGAUCUUUCAGUGACUUCCUAACAUUCCACAGAGAUUUAGCCUUGACAUAUCCAUAGAUCCAAUUACCCCAUUUCCCUUAAAUGACAAAAUACCUAACUCCAUAGGAUAUUGAAAAUCGAAGAGAACAACUAGGCGUAUUUCUCUAAAGAAUAUCGAGUCAAUUCAAUGGUAACGACAUACUCCUAGACUUUUUGAAUGCUACUGGAAAGUGUUUCCAAUAUAAACCAAAAAUACCUUUGCCACAACAAUAAUAGCAGAGACCCAAGAAGAUUGCAACACAAUAACAAUAUACCAAAGCAAAAUCAAUCCAAAGUUUGAUCCCAGAAACCAUUUGGGAAGGACAGAAUGAUGAGGAUGAGGAGAGCAUUGAGGUUGAUACAAGAAAAACAAAAAAGGCUUCGACUUAUGUAAAGAUGCAUUUUGGAGAGGAAGAACCUCAAUAUUAGAGAUUUAAUAGUGCUAACGAUCUAGAUGAGGAUCAAAGAACUUUUGACUUUGAGAAACCUUCGGAUGAUUAGAUUGGGUAUGAUCAAUUUUAGGAUGAUGAUCAUGAUCACUCUUUUGAGGAGGAAGAAAAGCAUUCGUCACAAAAUAUGAUGAUAAUGUAAUGA